AUGAAGCAAUCCUUAAAAAUCACCAACCACACCCUCUCCUCAUGGACCACCACCAACUCCAACUGCUGCGCAUGGAACGGCGUCGUUUGCAGCAAUCUAACCGGCCACAUUCAUCGCCUCCAUCUCCGUUCUCAAUCCUUACACGGCAAGCUAAACCUCUCCGCACUUGUUGGUCUCAAGCACCUCACAUAUCUUGAUCUCAGCCACAACAGCUUCCAAGGAUCAAUCCCUUCAUCCAUAGCUUUACUCAAGAAUCUCGAGUAUCUCAAUCUCUCCAACGCCGGAUUCCAUGGAAAGAUUCCUCCGACGAUAGGGAAUCUUUCGAGUCUACGCACUUUGGUUCUAGAAGGUUCUGGCCAGAAAGUGCAUGGCCUCGAAUGGCUGUCUGGUCUAGUCCGUUUGAAGCAUCUCAACAUGAAUUUCAUCGAUGUCGGAAGGGAUAACAAGUGGUUGCAAAUCAUCAACGCUCUUCCUCGUUUGGUUGAGCUGCAUCUUCGUGGCUGCAAGCUUCUCUCACCUAGAAUUGAUCAUGUUAAUGUCACUUCUCUAACCUUUCUUGAUCUCUCUAGGAAUGAGAUUGCCUCAUUUUCCAUUGCGAGGUGGAUUUUCAGACAAGGUAGCCUUCUGUUUCUUGAUAUGAGUCGAAACUAUUUCGAAGGCUACAUUCCAUCUACUAGCAACACAACCAAAUUGCAACACAUUGAUCUCUCUUGGAAUAAACUUAGCUCCCCAAUUCCGGAUUGGAUUUACUCAUGCCAUGAUCUGAAGUUUUUGUAUCUGGGAAACAAUUUCUUGAACGGUACGAUUUCAAAACACGUAGCGAAUCUAACGUCUCUUGAAACUUAUGAUUUAAGGUACAAUGUGAUUUCGGGGGAAAUACCAAGAGAGAUUGGUAGUCUGUGCAUGAUGCGAGUGUUGGACUUGUCUGGUAACAGACUGGAAGGGAAUGUAUCUCGUUUAUUUGAAAAUAUGUCAAGUUGCUUCUUAGAAGCGGUCGUGAUAUUGCGCCUGAGGCAGAAUAAACUGUCUGGUCACUUGACGGAUCAGUUUGGUGAGUUCAAGAAUGCGAGGUUUCUUGAUCUCACCAAGAACUCAAUAUCCGGAGUGAUUCCUAACAGUAUAGGUAAAUUAUCGCGCCUAAGGAGAUUAUGGCUCGGAUUCAACAAACUGAGUGGAGAGCUGCCAGUGAGCAUAGGGCAGCUUUCGAAGUUGAGAAGUCUUACAUUCGGGCGUAAUAUGAUGGAAGGAGUUGUGAACGAAACUCACUUCGAAAAACUCACUAAACUGAAGUACUUGUUUGCAUCUGGAAACAACUUUACUUUGAAAGUGAGCCCAGAUUGGAUUCCACCUUUCCAACUUGAGGAGAUUGGCAUUGGUUCAUGGAAUCUAGGGACAGUUUCUGAGAUACCCUCAUGGAUUCAACUACAUUGUAAGAAUGUUUUAGUUCUUGAUUUAUCUGACACUGGGCUGUCUGGUGAAGUUCCAAUAUGGGUUUGGGAUGUGAUUUCACUCAACCUUUCUCACAACAAUUUUCAUGGAGAAAUCCCGGAUUUUAAACCGUGGGGAAAUCGCCUUGUUUUCCCUUAUUAUCGUCACGCUUAUUUGAGUUCCAAUCGAUUUAGUGGCUCGUUGCCUCGAGUGUCAUAUGAUACAUUGGAGUUGGAUCUUUCCAACAAUUCUUUCUCGGGCACUUUGUCACACUUUCUAUGUAAUGCCACAAGUGAUAGUACUAAUAUACUGAAGAUUCUCCAUUUGGGAAACAAUUUGAUAAGUGGGGAGAUUCCAAAUUGCUGGAUGAAUUGGUCUUCUUUGGAAUACAUCAAUCUAGGUAACAACUUGUUGUUUGGAAGAAUCUCUAGCUCUAUAGGGUCUUUGUCUAAUUUGUUAUCCUUGAAUCUUUAUGGAAACAAUUUCUCUGGACAAAUACCUUUGUCAAUACAAAAUUGCACCAAACUAAUGAAGUUUGAUCUUGGUGGCAAUGGCCUUGUUGGGAAAAUGCCAACAUGGAUUGGAACAAGCUUCUCCAAUUUGAUGAUUCUUAUCUUGAACUCCAACAAAUUUAGUGGUGACAUUCCUUCAACUUUAUGUCACUUGCACACUCUCCAAAUCUUGGAUAUCUCAAGUAAUGAUUUCUCUGGGUUGAUACCUCCUUGUGUUCAUAACCUCACUGCAAUGGCUACAAGAAGAGGUUUUGGUGGUGGAGGCAUACAAUAUUCUCAAGUGUUUGAUGCAUUUAUAGAAAGUGUGUUAAUUGAUGCAAAAGGAUUAGUACUUCAGUAUGAUACCAUUCUUGUAUUGGUGACAAGCAUCAAUCUCUCUGAUAACAAUCUGACCGGGGAAAUCCCGGAAGGAUUGACAAGCUUGGUCGAGCUCAAAUUCUUGAACCUGUCGAGGAAUCACUUGAGAGGGUCGAUCCCGCGUGGAAUUGGAGAUUUAAGGGAGUUGGAGUCACUUGAUCUCUCAAGAAACUCCCUGGUUGGUCAGAUACCAAUUACCAUUACAGCACUCUCAUUUCUGAGUUACAUCGACUUGUCUUAUAAUUUGUUGGAGGGUAAGAUUCCGGAAAGUACUCAAAUUCUUAGCAUGGGUGCGUUGAGCUUUGUCGGGAACCAUCUUUGUGGGCCACCGUUGCCAUGUAACUGCAAUGAGCCUUGUAGCGACGACGAGGACGAGGAAGAGGAUGAGAAUGUUGAUCAUGAGAAUGAAAUAGAUUGGUAUAAAGUGCUGGUGUUGUUAGGAUAUGUAGUUGGAUUUGUAGUUGUGUGCAUUAUAUUGGUGUUGAACAAAUCAUGGAGUGAAGCCUAUUUUGGUUUGGUGGAGAGAGUUUGGCACAAAAUUUGUGUCUAUUCCACCAUAAAAUGGGUGAGGCUCAAAGUAUCAUUGAUAGGAUAA